AUGAUUUUGAUGGAUGAGGAGGGAAGGAAAAUUCAUGCAUCUUGUGUGAAAAAAUGGUUUCCAAAAUUCAAACGCUAUCUUAAAGAACAUAGUUCAAUAUAUGUGAAGAAACCUAACGUCGCACCAAAUACUUUAAAAUUUAAGUUUGCUGAUCCAGAAAGAAAACUUAACUUUUACCACGAUACAACUGUGAAAGAGUGUGAAAACUUUUCUGGAUCUGCACACGGCUUUGAUUUUGUUGACUUCAAUACGAUCGUUUCGAACAACAUCCUGGAGUCAAACUCUUUUGAUAUUAUUAGACACAUAUUUGAAUAUGGGUGUACGGAUACAUCUGAAGAAGAUAAAUCAAAACACAAAAUGCUCUUGCAUCUUCAAGAUAUAGAGGAUACUAAGCUUAAGUUUGCCAGAGUCAAGUUUAUUAAUGGUCGUCCUUUUUCCUCCACCUACUUUGAUGUUAGUAGGUUGUUCAUAAACAAUUAUAUCGAUGAGAUUACAAGCUACAAAAACAAAUUGGUUUUUGAAAAUGGACAACAACUUUCAUCAAGUGGAAUCAAGAUGAUUGCAUCAAAACAAGACACGAAACACGAUGACUUUAUGAAAAAUCAUCUGUUUUCUAACAUUGAUGAUUUGUUUGAACCUUUAGAGGAGAAAACGGUCAUUAUUGUUGGUACUUCGGCAAAAGAAAAAGAGUCUUCUACUGAUAAGGUUGAUGGUUCUCAUGAAGUGGCUGAAAUUGUUACUUAUGAAUGUGCUAAUCCUAAUUGCAAAAAUAUCAAAAUUUCGGUUAUUCGAAGAUUUAAAAUCCCACUUCCUAAAGAGUUGUAUGAUAAAAACAAGAAGCCUGCUAAUUCAGAUUCAUUCAUGAUUGGUUCUUCAGAUAUUGCCUCCCAAGAGACCAAAGUUGUCAAGGAUUCUUUUUCACACACAGGUGAAAAUUUAACACCGUGUGCUAGGGACAACUCAACUGCAACAAGUCCUACAAAGUUGUUUUCUACACCAACAGAAUUGAAAAGAAACCUUGCUACAUGCAUAGAUCUUGAUGAAAUGGAGAAUAUGUCUACCUCUAAAACUCCUCGGUUGCCAACACCAGAUGAACAACCAAUCCCUCUUUUGGUACCCAAGAAAGAAAAGUAA